UUAUAUAUAAAGUAAAUAAUAUUUCAGCAUUCUUUAUUUCCUUUACUUUUAUUAAGAUUUUAACUAAUUUUAUAACUGUUACUCAUACAAUGGACUUUUUUGUUAACCAAAUAUUAAAUUUAAGUGGUUUUACUUUACUCAGUGUUUUUGGAUCAACUGCAAUUAUUGGAUUUACAUAUUAUUAUUUGACAUCUGUAGUCGAAGAACCUAAGUUACACUGCAAAGAAGGCAAUUUCAAGAGUUUUCUUUACCAACAUGUGACUCUUACAAAAACAAAAAUUUGGCCGUUGGUAUUGGGUUUUGAACCUCGUAUGAAUACUAUGUUUGCAUUUUUUAUUCGACAUUUAUUUGUGCCAUCCGUAAAAUAUGAUAGAGAAUUACUGAAUCUUACAGAUGGUGGUCAAGUAGCAUUAGAUUUUUUAGAACCAAAUGAAAAUUCAAAAAACGGAGAUGUCACAAUUUUGGUAUUACCUGGGUUUGGGCAUAGUUCUAGAACUGGGUAUGCGAGAGCUGCGUCAUUAGCCUUACAAAAAUCUGGAUUUCGAGUAGUUGUUUUUAAUUAUAGAGGAAUUGGAGGAGUCAAAUUAAAGACGCCAAAAAGUUAUUCUGGAAGUAAUAUAGAAGAUCUCAUAGAGGUAAUUAUUCGUGUAAAACUUAAGUACCCCAAAACAGUUUUAGGUGGCUUAGGAAUAUCAAUGGGUGGUACGUUGUUAGGAAAUUAUAUGUGUUCAAAUUAUCAACAUACUCAAAAUCAUUUAAGUGCUGCAAUGCUUGUAUCAGUGGCUUGGAAUGCAAAGUCUACGGUAUCGAGUUCUUCAAAAAAUAUCAUGAACCGUAUGAUUGAUUGGUUUUUUACACGUUGCAUUAUAAAAUAUAUAAAGAAAAAUAGCAAAGUCCUGAACGGUCCAAACCAAAAAUGGAAUUACAACGAAGUAAUUAAGAGUAAAAAUGGAGACGAAUUAAUGAGAAAUUACAUAAUUAAAAUGUUCGACCACGAUACGGUUGAAGCUUUCUAUGAUUCCGUUUCAUUACAUGACAAAAUAGACCAUUUUAAUAUACCAUGUUUGUGCUUGAGUGCUGCUGAUGAUCCUUUAUCUUUAAAACCCGAACUUCAUACUUACAUUGUCAUUUAUUCACGUACAUAUGUACCUGUAGAACUAGCUUCCACUACAGAAAAUGUUGCGAUUUUGUUAACUACAAAGGGAGGACAUAUUGGAUUUUUCGACAAUUUUAGUCUGUUUUCAGAAAAUAAUGAAUUUAUGAUACGUCUCAUAAUGCAAUAUUUCGAGGCAAUAUUCAAAAACGACAACUACAAAAAAUUUACUAAUUGACUUAUCGAUAUUGAUCCAUACUUUUGUUAUUCAUGUAGGUUAGGUUAAGAUUAAUAUUUCAUAUUAUAUCAAGAUAACAAAAAAACUAAAAUAUUCAUUAAGUUGAUGGUGUGGAUAUAAUUGUUUCAUAUGCAAAAUUAUAAUAAUUGUUAAAA